AAGUUAGUGUUAUUUACAAUACUUAUUGUAUUCAGUUAUAUGUAAAUAUGCGUGUAUUCUGUAGCAUUAUAAUGUAAGAUUUGGAGACGUAACCUAUUGUGAGAAUACAAUUCGUGGAGUAUGCGCCCUGUCACAAAUAAAAUAAAAUGCCUAGAAAUUGUGACGAGGACUCCGGGCGCAGUUCGUGUUCAGCGGUGUCGUUAAAUAUUAGCCCUGUCUUAGACAUUCAACAAUUUGACCAGAAAAAAAUGUCUAAAGCAAAGAAUCUAGCAACUGACCUUAAGGUUUCGACUCAACCUAGGAACUUCGCAAGUAUACUCAAAUCUCCCGAUGAAAAGGACCCAUUUCCCAGUUGCAGACUGAAACGAAAUAACCGAAAAGCAAUUUUUAGUGUCUUUGAUACACCAAGACUGGGAGGCUUGAGUAAUGCCCAUUCCUCUAUAAACAUAGCCUGCAGCACACAAAUUGAAUCUCAAAUACAAGACACGGUAUCCAUGACUGCUCUUAAUAGAGAUGAAGAAAUAAGACAGAAACCGCUUAAUUUAAAUUCAAACUUCAGACGAGGGAAGCCUAUUCAAAGGGCAGCAUCAAGACUAUACAAAGCUGAGAGCUUAAAAGGAAAGGAGAGCUGUAUAGGGCCAGAGUUCAUAGUUAGGGCUUCUCAACCUGUAAAACAUUUAGAUCUGACAAUCUCAGCUUUAUGUGAAAAGAAAAAAGUUACAGUGGUACUCCUUAACGGCCAGAGGGUUGAAGUACUCUGUGAUGCUAAUACAGUAACGGCUGGGCAGAUAUUUGAAUCUCUAGUAUCAAGUGAGAAGUAUGAACAUAAUUUUAUGCUUGGUAUCGCUAUAUUGAUAGGUGGAGAUUUUGUGUUUUUACCUGAUGAUUAUAAAAUUAAAAAAGCCGUCCCUGAUAACUGGCACAAAAGUAGCAAUAAGUCUAGUAAAUGUGCUGAGGACAUUUCCAUAAUACUGUUUCUCAGAAUAAAAUUUUUUCUACCAAUUAAUAUAUCUAAUAAUAUUCAGGAUGGUGAAUGGAGGUAUAGAGUAUAUUUACAAAUAAGACGGGCCAUUGUUGAAGGACAAAUGAUCUCGACAAUACAGAAUCUCAUUUUACUAGCUGGUUAUGCGUUGCAUAUUGAAUUUGGAGAAUUUAGUUAUAGAGAACACGGGACAGCAGAUUAUUUUUUAUUAGAACACUACUUACCUGAAUUUCUUGUAACUAAUGAUAUGGCUGACAUUAAAUUUCGGAUGAAAAGGGCACACGAAACACGACGUGGGUUAGACAGAAGCAAGGCAAUUAUAAACUAUAUUACUCUGGCUCAGAGCUUUAGAGAUUACGGUGCUCACUUUUACUCAGCUAUUUGGGCUACCAGAGAUGGUUUUUGUAGAGAUGUAUGGCUCUCUAUUGGUCCAAGGGGUGUGACAAUUUAUUCGAGAACAAAUAAUAUUUCUGAAGAAUCAACUUCUAAUCCAAAUCGUAUUGUGUUACAAAGUUUACCUUGGCAUCAUAUUCACACAUUCUAUUACAACAAAAAGAGCCUUUACAUAAUGCCUAAUGCAUACUCAGGUCUGUCUAAAAUAGGAAUCAAAUAUAAACUCAAAAUGCAAAACAAUAAGAGCUAUUUUGCAUUUUGGUUAGCCUCAUUACAUCACAGAUUGUAUUUAAAAUUAUAUGCUAAAGAGGAUUUCAUUAAUUAUUUAUCAUAUGAAUUGAGUACUCCCUUGAAUGUUGAUAACAAUCCAAAUAAAAUGGACUGCAGCAAUUAUCAAGACAGUUAUAACUUGGCUGUUAGAAACCCUGUGAGAGUCAGAAAACCAGUAAGAAGAAGAUUUAAAGUUGAUAUUUUUGGUGAUAAAAAAUCUCAAAAUAAAGAAAAUGAAAAGCCUAGCACAGAACAGUUAUUACGACAAAUAUUAUCUCCUCAGCCAAGUGAUGAAACUAUUGUUAACUCACCAAUUAGAUAUGGUCAGAGUUCUUCCAAUGAGGGACUAUCUUCAUCAGAAAGCAGCUUACCAAGAAGGCACGGUGUUAAAAUGGGAACUAGAGUAUUCAAUGGAAUGAAAUCGACUUUAGACGGUAGAUACCCAAGAUCACCAUCAAAACUCCUAUCUGUAAGGUCUGACGGCGACUUGGCAACUGUUCAUAGUGACUCUGAUGAUGUUAGUUCAGAACUAAGACAACACUGUAAUAUAAAUAGUAUGCAAUUACUGCCAGAGAGAUGUUACAGUCAGAACUUGACUCAAGCACCAACUGCUUAUGUAUUAGAAUCUCCAAAAGUAUACUCAGAUGCUUUUAAUUAUGACACUGGAAAUGAGUCAUGUAUGAACACAUCCAUAUUUGAAAGACUAGAUAACAUGGAAUGUGUUCAAGGAGAAAGAGUUUUUGUUACAGCUGUUUUAGAAAGAGAUAAAAUGAAUGCUCUUGGCUUGCAAGUAGCUGAAGGAUCAGAUGGCAAUGUGUAUAUAAAAUCAAUAACGCCAGGAAGUCCAGCAGAUGUAUGUGGAAAACUUUUGCCUGGUGACCAAAUUAUAUCUGUUAACGGGCAAACUUUACUUAACUUGAAAUAUGACAAAUCUUUAAAUAUGUUGCAAUCAGCACCACAGAAAGUAGAACUUAUUGUAUUACAAAAUACUACUAAAAAUAGCUACAUGGGUCAACAUUUCGAUAAUACUCUUCAUGCAAAAGAAUCUAAUAUGAGGACUUCAGAAAAUAAUUUAAGACAUAGUAUCGCUAGUGCAUUAGAUGUAGAUAUAACGGAUGACGAACUAUUGAACGAGGAAGCGCUGAAAACAAUUUACGCGCUCAUAAAACUAACUAAAGAAAAAGUAAUAAGUAGGAUGAAAGAUAAAUCGACGAAACAAAAUAAUCUUUCGAUGAACAACCUCCAGAAGUGUUACUCGGAGAAUAAAAUAUACGAAGAGUCAGAUGUAAGUAUUUAUUCUUCACAAGAAGACACGCCACAGAAAAAAUCAGCACAGAAAUUUAACACAUGGCGUGGACAGCUUACUAACAGUAGACCAAAGCGACGACCUUUAAGUUUAAGCAUUCCGAAUAACGUUCACAUUCCUGACGACUAUUUAAAUGAAAAAACCGAAACUGUAUUGACGAAGUCUUCGAUGAAAUCGAUUCAGUCGUCUCUGAAUAGCCUUGAUAAUCAGUCUGUAAAAAGUUCUUCGGUAAAGAACGUAGCUUUACCGAGAAAUUUUGGUCUAAGCAGGCGAUGGCUAGGACCAGUCAGGUAUCCGGUAACACCUUGUAAAAAUAGCAAUAUUACUGAUACUGAAAGUGCAAUCGAUGGCAAUGUAGUAAGAAGACAUUUUAUUUACGGCACCGGUGAUUCAGAUGAAGAGCAAAUAUUUUUAUAAAUAGUAUUUUUUAACACUUUUAUAAUACUGUAAUAUACGUUAAACAAUUUGACUAAUAAUUAUUGUAAAGCCUAUUCGAUUAAUAUUAACAUGUACCUGUUAUAAAUAUACAUAUUUUUUAAAUACAAUUAUCUUAAUA